AUGGCAGAAACAAAAAAGAGAAAACUUAACAAUGAUGUCUAUAUAUGUGAAUAUGUUUUGCCUAAGAAGAAUAGAAGAUGUAAAAUGAUGCGUAAGAAGGAUGUCAAAUACUGUUCUGAACAUAUGAUUUAUGAUGAAAAAUUUCAAAGUGAAAGAAUCCCAUGUCCUUUGAAUCCUAACCAUUCAAUUUGGAAAAAAGAACUAGAACAACAUCUAUUAAAAUGUAAUAAUAGACCAAAAGAAGCAACAGAGUCUUGGUUUGAUUUAAAUUGUAAUAUUGACUUGAAAGGUGCAACAAAAUUUGAGUUGGAACAUGAGGAAGAAAAUGACGAAUUAAUGAAGAAAUAUAUCACAGUAUUGGAAGAACUUGAUUAUAAACCACUAGAAUUUAAAGUAUUCCAUCAUGAUGGGUUGAAAUCUCGAUUAGAUGAAAAAACCAAUCAAAAACAUCCUAUUCAACAGAAUUCACUUAUUGCAAAUUUGAAAAAUAGACAACUUCUCAAUGAAUCAUUCUUUUAUUUAGAAUUUGGAUGUGGUAAAGGUGAACUACUGAGAUAUUUAAAUCAAUGUAUACUACAACAAAAUCCAUCUGAAUCAUCUACAUACGGUUUUGGAUUAAUUGAUAGAGGUAAAAAUAGAAUGAAAGCUGAUAGUAAAAUAGUACAAGAUUGUGAAAAUGUCACUUUAACCCCACAAAUAAAGAGAAGUAAAAUAGAUAUUAAGGAUUUGAAUUUAGAUAAAUUUAUUUCUGAUUUGAAAAUUGAUAAAGUUGUUGGUAUUUCCAAACAUUUAUGUGGAGCAGCAACUGAUCUUACUUUGAAACUGAUUCUUAAUUCAUCUAUAUUGGAUAAUAACCAAUUUGGAGGUGUGUUGAUUGCUAUGUGUUGUCGUCAUGCAUGUUCUUUAGAUCAAUUAUUACCACAAUCAAGACAAUAUUUGUAUGAUAAAGGAUUCAAGACUGUUGAAUCAUUCAAUAUUCUCAAGAAGUUAGUUUCAUGGGCGUUAGAUAAGAAAAACGAAAAUGAAGUAGACAAGUAUGGGUUAAAUUUCCAACAAAGAGAAAAGAUUGGACUCAUUGCUAGAAGGGUUAUUGAUGAAAGUAGAGUACAUGCAUUGAGAACAGUUUUAGGUGACCAAUAUAACAUCGAAAUGUUUUGGUAUGUUGAAAAAGAUAUCACAUUAGAGAACGUCUGUUUGUCUAUUUCUAAAAUUGAACAAUGA